AUGUCCACCACUUUAUCCAGCUCAAGACCAAUUAGUCUUUAUACUACGCCGCCAUUACCUAUAGACGAUACUAAUGACUCGUUAGAGACUGAAAAUGACCGCAAAUCUAUACAAGUUCUGACAGUAUCAUUGGCCACACCAGUGAGCUCAAUUUUCUCAAGUAGCGCAUUCAAACAAUCUCAAAAUGGUAUGAACAAUAAUAGCCAGCUUUUUUCAAGUCGACCGCAAAGCACUUUGUUAACACCAAAGUCACCAAUUGAUAAAACUAUUGAUCUAUAUAAGCCCCCGCCAUCAAAGAAAGAGUUGGGUAACUCUAAUGGGUAUGAUAGCAAUCUGGCAUCCCAAUCUCCUACCUCGCCGCUGAGAAAGUUUUUAACAUCAUCACCUUCAAAAUUGCUUAAACGAUUAUCAAGGAGAGUGAAAAGCAACUUCAACGUUAGCAGUAGCUCGGGAACUGCUUCAAAUACGUCUUCAUCACCAAAAAGUGCACUAACAAUUCCAGAAACACCAAACUCACCUUCUAGUUUGAAAAGUCAUGGUGAAGAUGGAAGUCCUAAAACAAGAGUUAAGGUGUCAAGAUGUCACCUCGAUACUGCAUUAUCACCUACUCCGACAAACGACUCAAUUAACCCGGCUAUAAAACGGUUUAAGUGUCUUUCCCUCCAACCAUCAGAAGUUAAAGAAGAGGAAGAAGAGGAAGAAGAGGAGGAGGAAGAAGAAGAAGAAGAGGAGAAGGAGAAGAAGAAGAUGGAGGAGAAGGAGAAGGAGGGGGUAGUAAAGAGCGAUUCCGCUAGUCACGCGACUGAUACUUCCUUAUUCACCGGUUAUGCAGUAAAUACACAUUCUCCAACAAGAGGACAAGAAACUGUUGAUAUUGAAGGUCUUAAGACACCUCGAAAUUCGUUUAACGAGAUGUCGCUUCUGCAAUUGCAAUCUUUUGACCAUCAUUCGAAGAAUGUAAAUUUGAGAGGGUCUUCUUCUUCUUUACCAAGUCCCGCUAUUCAUUCAACUUCAAGUGGCGCGAGUGGAUCACCUCCAGGACACGAUGAAGUAGGUUUGAGCCCUAUAGCAUUAUCAUCCUCGAAAACGGGGUACCGUUACAGAGCAAGCAAAAGCAACAGAUCAACACCAUCUCCAAUACAGUCCAAGUCCCCGAGAAAAUCUCCGUAUCACACUACAAAAACCACAACUGAAACAGAGAUACUGCCGACCAACGAAGAAGAUUCUAUCCUAAGAUUGAACAUUUACCUAGAAGAAAAUUUCAACACUUUCCAAAAUGGAAUAAAAGGAGAAACAUACAAUCUCGAUCCAAGCAACUAUUUAAUUGCGUUGAAAUUGCGCAAGGAUAGAUUACGCAAUAUCAAUGAGUUGAUCAAUGUGAUAAUUUUUAAAAUCAUGACCAGAAAAAAACACGUUAACAUUAAUGACAUCAAGUUGAGUAUUUUUUUCAAAAACUCUAGAUUGAGUCCUAUUAUUUUGAAAAAGAGUAUUAGUGCUGAUAAUGCUUCUUUUAAUGAGACUGGAAAUACAAAGGAAGUGGUUUUCAAUAACGAUGAAUUAUUAUUGGAUUAUGUUCAAAUGAAGAAGAAAUUGUACAUUAGAGCUCAAUUUUAA